AUGGCAGAAGAGGCGGAGGGAGGAGUCCCAGCCCUAGAGGCCGCUACCCUCCCCGUCCCAGGCAACAAGAUCUCCCUACCAGCCUUCUUGUCCGUAACCUUCGCCACGACUGCAGGCGCGCCCGAGGAUCUUCGCAGACCUUUUGGUCAAUUCGGUCCUCUCAAAGACAUUUACCUGCCUAAGGAUUACUACACUGGAGAACCUCGUGGUUUUGGUUUUGUCCAAUACGUGGAUCCUGCUGAUGCAGCUGAUGCUAAAUAUCAUAUGGAUGGUCAAAUUCUUCUUGGUCGGGAGCUCACUGUUGUAUUUGCUGAGGAGAAUAGAAAGAAGCCAAAUGAGAUGAGGUCAAGAGAGAGAAGGGGUCGGUUCUAUGAUCGUAGGAGGUCUCCUCCUCGUUACUCUCGUUCUCCCCGCUAUUCUCGAUCUCCACCACCACGCCAUAGAUCUCGUUCUCGCAGUCGUGACUAUUAUUCCCCUCCUCCUAAACGAAGGGACUAUUCUAGAUCUGCCUCUCCUGAGGAUAGAGGGUACAGUCGAGAAAGAUCCUAUUCGCAGCAUAGUAGGGAGAGGUCAUACUCACGCACUCCACCUUAUAAUGGGGGCUCCAGGAGCCGAAGUAAGAGUCCUGCAAAGGGCCCAGGUCGGAGCAGAAGUCCAAGUCCGGACCGUGAUGUUAGGGAACCAGCCCGUGGUAGGUCCCCCAGUCAGUGA